CCCCCCCCCCAACCCCAAGUCCUCUUCAUCCUGUCCUUCUCCGCUGGGAUGCUGCCCUCUGGAGCAAAGAGCACAGGGGAAGGGGACUUAGUAGGUUAAUUAUUAACCCUUAACAACUUAGGGCACCGCAGGCUUCUCCCAAGGCGGAGGGACAAGGGCUGGCUUGGGGCUGGAGAGGGGGGCGAUGGCCCCAGCAGCAGCCGUGGGUCUCGUGCUGCUUCCGCUGGCCUCGCGGCGCUGGGUCCGCCACGCGAUUCCUCUGGCGCUCCUCUUGCUGCUUUAUCUCUGCGCUUGGAGCUUUCGUAAGCGGUCCCUUCCCUCAUCGGCUCUGGGAGGAACCGGGAAGCCAAGCGCUGGGGACCUAGGCCCCCUCCUCGCGCCCUCACCGCCCGGCCUCGCCCCUCCCCAGGCGCCCUCUCAGGCUGCAGAUCCGGGACACCGCCGUGCCUUCCCGAGGGAACAUCGCCUGUCCAGGUAUGCUCGGCACGGGGCCAGGACCGGGAGCUCCGGGUGGGGCCCCGAUCGCGGGGAGCGGGGCCGGGCUGAGGAUCUGGUGACGGGCGGGUCCUGCUCCUCGCGUCCCCUCUCCCGUCCGAAGCCGAGUACAGCAGGAGAGACGCCAGCCGUAGGAGUCAUUUCUGCAGGGCCCCACUGGGCUGCGGGGCGAAGGAGGCCCAGCAGGCUAGGGGUUCCGCUCCCGCCCCCUUCGCCCGUGUCUCCCCCCAGGUCCCGCGGCAGUCGGGUCCCCUGGAGGCCCCCGAGGGGGAAGAGCCUCGAUGUGUGGGCCCCCAGGGGGUGGUGGGCCGCGUGAUGUGGCCGUUCCGCGCCAGUCUGGACCCCGAAGGGGAUGUGGCGUUGUCGCAGUACCUAGCCGGAUGGAGGGCGCUGGUCAGGUUCCUAACUCCCCUCGGCUCCAUCUUCGCCUUCGCCACGGGCGAGGCCUUCGCCAAAGUGACAGCUCUCGAGGCUCGGGUGCACGGCCCCGAGGCGGCGCACUACUCCUCGCUGGCGGCCAUGGUGGCGUGGGAGCGGCGGGAGGGACUGCUGGAGCGCCCCGGGAUCGCCCCCCGAGACACCGCCAGCUCCUCGGGCUCACGGAUCCUGCUCUUGCUGCACCGAGCGCUGCGCUGGUCCCAGCUCUGCCUCCACCGGGUGGCGACCGGGGCGCUCGGAGGCCCGGACGCCGGCGCGCAGUGCAGCGACGCGUACCGCACGUCCCUGGGCCCGCACCACCCCUGGCUGGUCCGCCAGGCCGCCCGCCUCGCGUUCCUCGCCUUCCCGGGCCGCGACCGCUGGCUCGAGCUGGCGUGCCCGGGCGCCGGGGAGGCGGAGGCGCGGGCCGCGCUGCUCCGGGCGGCGGGCACCCUGGAGGAUGUCUUCAACCGCACCCAGGGCUUGCUGGCCGAGCGCGGCCUCCUCCAGCUGGCCUGAGGCCCCCCCCCCCCGCGGCCGGGACCCGCCGAGACGCGAGCGACCCGCGUCCGGCCGGCCGGCCCCCGGCGCUCGGCCGGGGGGCGGGGCCGCCGGAGCCACGCCUCCGCGCGACGGCUCCGCCUGCAAGGCCCGCCCCCGGCGGGGUGGGUGUAGCGCCCGUCCCGCUCUGCGCAGGCGCGGGGCGAGGGGCGGAGCUGUGGGAACGAGUGUGGUUGGGUAGCCGUGGACUCCGGGCGUCUCGUGUGAUGACGGCAGGCGCUUAAGGGAAGCAGGAAACAAUGGAUUGGGGAGAUGUGUCAUCCCUGUUCCCGGCAGCCGAGACACGCUCCCGGGGCCCGCUCCCAGCCGCUCCCACGGCCGCGUGCCAAGUCUCCAGCCCAGACCCGCGCCCUGGGCCGGCAAAUGCAACACGUCCCACGCGGAUCCAUCCGCCCCUGCCAGAGCUGCCCCUCUCCGUGUGUCCCCUGUCUCGGCCCAUAAGUGGCACCCUCUCCUUUCAGCUACGCGAGCCGAAAACCGGUGCGUCACCACUCACACCGAGCGGGCGCUCGGCUCGAUAGGGUCUGUUCAUUAAAGACCUCCUUGGCCCCUCCCACAACAAUAGGGAACGGGAAGGUGUGUGGCCAUUUCACACGCUGGGAACUCUCAGAUUGGGAGUCCAGCCCAUUCCCCCCCGCGCCCCAGAAUCCUAUAUAUACAGCUACUUAUUAGAUACCUUCACCCGGAUUUCUACCAGACCUAACGAACCUAACAGGUCCAAACCUGAGCUUCUGAUGCCCUUUCCUCCUCCCCAAGCACUUCCUUCAUAGUCUUUGCCAGCUCAGUAAGUGACCACUCCAUUCUUCCAGGUCCUUAAGCCAACAACUUGGUAGUCAUCCUGACUUCUGUUUCUCUUUCAUCACACCCACACCUAAUCUGUCAGAAUCUGACCGUUUCCCACUAUCUCCACUGCCACCACCCUUGUCGAGCCAACUUUAUCACCUGGAUUAUUACAGUAGCCUCCUAAUUGUCUCUCUGUCCCAUACUCGAUUUCCCGAAUGUGUAUUUUCAAUGGAACAGCCAAAGUAAUCUCUUAAAAUAUAGAUCAUAUCCCAUCACUUCCAGGCUCAAAACCUUCCAGUGGCUCCCUGUUGCACUCAGAUGAAAAAAAAAAUUUUUUUUAAUUUAAGCGUAAAUGUCAUAUUUUGGAUCAUAUUUUCAGUUGGAUCAUAUUUUCAGUUGAGAAUGGAUCAUAUUUUCAGUUGAAAAUGAUGAAAAGCUUCGUAAAGGUCCUAUGUGAUCUGACUCUGUACUAGCCAAAUUGACCUCUUUGAUUUUCAUUCAAUAUUUCAGGCAUGAUCCUGCCUCAAGAUCUUUUUUUUUUUUUUUUAAGAUUUUAUUUAUUUAUUUGAGAGAGAGAGAAUGAGAGAGAGCACAUGAGAGAGGGGAGGGUCAGAAGGAGAAGCAGACUCCCUGCCGAGCAGGAAGCCCGAUGCGGGACUCGAUCCAGGGACUCCAGGAUCAUGGCCUGAGCCGAAGGCAGUCGCUUAACCAACUGAGCCACUCAGGCACCCCCUGCCUCAAGAUCUUUGUACUUGCUCUUCCCUCUGUCUGGAAUGCUUUUCCACCAAAUAGAGACAUGACUUCCCUCAGUUCCUUCUGGACUUUACUCAAAUGUCUCCGCAGGGAGACCUUCCCUGAUGAUUCUUUCUAAAAUUUCAACACACACACACACUUCCUAUUUCCCUUCCCUACUCUGUUUUUUUUUUUUCUUAAUAUGAGUCACUAUCUAAUAAUAUGCUGUAUGUUGUACUUAUUUGUUUUGUUUUGUUUCCAUUGAGAAAUAUAAGCUGUAUGGGGCAGCGAAUUUCUAGACAGAAAUUUGUUCCCUGAUGUACCUCCAGUGUCUCAAACAGUGUCUGUCUCCUAGUAGACAUUCAACAGCUUUUUGUUAAAUGAAUGUCUGAGCACGAAAAGAUGGCCAGAGCCCAGAGUCCAAAAGAAAAGAGGAGGUUGCACAGUAAUGCAAAUAUACUUAAUGCUGCUGAGUCAUACAUCAAAAAUGGUUAAAAUGCUGAACUUUACGUUACGUUAUUUGUAUUUUACUACAAUAAAAAAUUAAAAAGUAAAGAGGAGAUGUGAUUCUGGACAGGUAGUCAGGAGCAAGUUCAAGAAGGAUGUGACAAACUACCUUACAGAGAUAGGACUUUAUCUCCAGAGUUCAUUUUAAGCAGGGGAUUGUUUAGACCAUACUUGCAAUUCAAAAACCAGCUCCAGCUGUGGUAUGUAGAGGACUACAGCAGAGUCAUAGGAAGACCGCUCCACACAACAACGGCAAAAUACACAUUCUUCUCAAGUGCACAUAUGACAUUCUCCAAAAGAGACCAUAUGUUAGGCUCUCAAUAAAUUUUAAAAGAUUAAAAAAUAAAAAUAAAGAAAAUAAAAAAAGAUUAGGGGCGCCUGGUGGCUCGGUCGGUUAAGCGUCCGACUCUUGAUUUCAGCUCAGGUCAUGAUCUCAGGGUGCUAGUGAUCGAGCCCCGCAUCUGGUUCCCUGCUCAGCAGGAAGCCUGCUUCUCCCUUUCCCACUCCCCCUGCUUGUGUUCCCUCUCUCGCUGUGUCUCUCUCUGUCAAAUAAAUAAAUAAAAUCUUAAAAAAAAAAAACUAUAAAAGAAGAGCAAACUAAAACUUAAAAAAAAAAAAAAGCAGAAGAAAAAAAUAAUAAAGAUCAGAGUGGAGGGGCACCUGGGUGGCUCAGUCGGUUGAGCGUCUGUCUUCUCUGCUCAGGUCACGAUCUCAGGGUCCUGAGAUCAAGCCCUGCACCAAGCAGGGAGCCUGCUUCUCCUUCUGCCCCUCCCCUUGCUCAUGCUCUCUCAAAUACAUAAAAUAUUUUUUAAAAUUUUAAAUGUUUGCAUUGCAAAGAAUACCAAUGAAGGAAGUGAAAACACAAUCUAGAGAAUGGGAGAAAAUAUUUGCAAAUCUUAUGUCUGCCAAAGGCCUAGUAAAUAGAAAUAAAAAAGAACACCUAGGAUUCAACAAUAAAAAGAUAAUCCAAUUUGGGGGGGACCUGGCUGGCUCAGUCGCUGGAGCAUGUGAUGCUUGAUCUUCGCGUUGUGAAUCGGAGCCCCACGAUGAGUGUAGAGAUUACUUAAAAAAUAAUAAUAAUGAAAUAAAAUAAAAAUAAAAAGGGCUAAGGAUUUGAAUAGGCAUUUCUCCAAAGAAGAUAUACAGAUGGCCAGCACGUGAAAACAUGCUGAACA